CUUCCUACGUCCCGCGGUCCUCUUCCGCCAGGGUUUUGUCCCCCAGGCCUACCCUCAGGAGUUAAAGACAUCGUCAGUUACAAGUGACAGGGUCCCAACUCAACUGGCAUAUGCAAAAAUAAAUACAUAAUGACAGGAGAGGGAGGCUUAGUGUUCCUGUAACAGACCCCAACGCCCAUGGGUGAUUCCAGCUCCAGUAAUGUCCUUGGGAUACAGGCUCUCCAUCUCUUGGCUCCGCUUUUCUUUGUGUUUGCCUCCUUUUCAAACAUGCUGUCUUCCCCUGGCAGGGGGAGUGACAGUAGAUGUCCCAGGUUAGCAACCCCAGCAAGAAAAGAGCUCCCACCUUCCCAGUCGUUCCAGCCCCAGUCCCCGGGAACUACCUCUCAUCGGUCCGGAUUGGUUUAUGGGUUUAUCCUUGUCUCAAUCUGUGUGGCUCUGAUUGGCUACCUCUGGGCCUGUGCCCACCCCAGAGGCCAGUGUUGGGGUCAUCCUCAUGCAAACCUUUUGUACCGAGAAUGGAUUAGGGAUGGCCCCCCAAAGAAAACUCGGAGGCCGUGACCUGUUGCUGGGCAUGCAGAAACGCCAGUUGUCACUACAUUUCCCGGUAAAUACCAAAUGCAUGCCGUACUUGUGCUUAUAUAGCAUACACCUUCCAUGCGCGCUGACUUAUCACACGGUCUGCUUGGAGGCCCCUGCCUGGAGAGCAGGAGGUAGGCACACUUUUCAGGGUCAUCACUGUGACCCUGUUAGCAGGAUGGUGGCAGGUCUCCCAUCUGAGGUGCACAGAUGUAGUUUUAGCUGUCACUAUCGUUUGUGCCAUCUAUUCUGUCGGUCCAGAUGACUUCUCUUUUGGAACUAGAUAUCCUUGACUGAUUCGUAGAGACCUUCCUUCUCUUCUGGGGUAAAUUAUUAAUCCCCUAAACUAACUACAAACAUUCUCUUGUCUUUAAUUUAGCCACCCCUUUUUUCCUGCAGGGAAGGCCUCUAAAUUCCCUCACGUCGGACAGCCCACCAGCCCACUCUAACUACAUUUGCUCUCCUUGACCCCUGGCACCGAUCCCCGUCCAGCUGGAAUAUAAAAACACAGGUUUCCUCAAGAGCGAACACAUCUUUUAGGUUUUCCAUCCCCAGUUCUUCCAGCUGACCCAUCCCCCAUCUCCCUCUGGCCAGUUUUACCCCAUCCUCAGACGGCGGCAGCGCCACUGCUCUUUUGCAAACUGCAGUCUACAACACAGCAUGUGCCAAGCUCGGCCCUCUCACCUGCGCCAGCCUGCUUCCAUCAGGACACCUCAACCCAUUUGAGAGGGACAGUACAGACUUUCUGGGACACCAAGUCCACACACACAAAUGGCUUAUGAACUGAGGCUGAAGAACAGCCUAGAGCUAUGGCCUCUGAAUGUUUCUGGAUCAUUGACAUAAAUCAAACCCUGAGUGUGUACCCUCACCAUGUGUGUGUCUGCUUACAUGUCACACGCGUGUACUGAGCUGAACUUUAUAGCGCACAUACACGAGAAGUUUUAAAUAAGUAAAAUGUAUUUAAAUAAGGCUACAUUAAAAUUAAUAGGUUUUUAUUGAAAUGAUUACAAUUAUUUAUUGGAAAAAUUAAAUACAAGAGAUGCUACGGGUCUUUUUGCACAUUCUCUACGAUGUGUCUUACGAACCUCCUGGGGGCGAGAACCUGCAAGUUGGGCACCACUGGCCUCCAUCACAGCCCCGACGAGGUCUUCCAGAGCAGUGGCUGGCCAUCGUCCUGCUGCCUCACUGCAGCUGCCCAGCAGCCUCUGGGAACACGCAAAGCCCCGUGAUUCUACACUUGCUGCUUACUGUCUUCCCAUGUCCACAUUCUACAUCCUCACCACCUUUUGGCCCUUCCUUAUGCCAUGUGUGUGCAUUCCUUUUCCGUGAAGCCUCCGGACCUUGCUGGUGGCCCCAAAUAGUUCUGAGAGGUUGAAAAGUUCACUGAUAUUACAGUGUGGAAACAGGCGCUCGGUCGACGCUUGAACGAAGGAAGGUGGAACAGGCCGAGCCUGGGCCCCGGAGUCUGGGUCGGUCGGACUCGGCUCUCGGGCUGCAGGGCUGGGCGCCCUGAGCAGGAGCGUGGCCGAAACCCUGACCCCGGCCUCCCGCCACUAGCAGCAGCCCUCGGGCGUCCCAGCUCGGCUAACGUCUAAGCCUGUGUCCCAGUGACCCCAGAGGUCGCAGCGUGUUUGGGAAUGACUGGGGUGCCUACCCGGAGCGAGUCGCCCCGGCGGCGACCACAGAAGGCUGGGACCCGCGGCCCGGCGGCCACACGAGUCCGCACCCGGCGCCGACCAACCGGAAGGCUGCCAAGCCGGCACGCACGCCACCUCGUCGCUCCCAGACACGCCACAUCCGGUCGGGACCCGCCCGGGCUGCGAGAGGAAGAGCUCUGCCAUCAAGAAAGGCAGCACAGGGCCAGGCCUUGCCCAUGGACCCUUCUCAGGACAGCCCGACGGCACCGGCAGAGCUGCUCUCCUAAGCUGCAGGGGGCCCGGGCUCCCCAUCUUUCGGGAGGAGCCAUGGCGUUUAGGAGGGGCGGGUGCGGCUCCGUGAGGUGGCCGGGCCCGGGAGGGGGCAGUGUUUGCCCAGGCCCCCUGGGCGUGCUCAGGGCCAGCCUGCUGCUUGCCAGCGUGCUCUGGGGGGCGCGGGGGACAGCCAGCGCCAGUCUUAGCACGGCUGUGGGCCGUGCCGCGCCCCUGACAGGGCGCCGCUACUUGAGCAUUGGGGAUGGCUCCGUGACGGAGUUUGAGUUCCCAGAGGAGAGCGAGGGCAUCAUCGUGGUCUCGAGCCAGUACCCGGGCCAGGGCAACGGGACGGGGCCCGGCCCCGUGCUGAGGGUCACCUCCCUGGACACCGAGGUGCUGGCCGUCAAGAACGUGAGUGCCACAGCCUGGGCUGGCGGGGGCGGCUUCGUGGUGAGCAUCCACUCGGGCCUGCCUGGGCUGGCGCCGCUCCACCUCCAGCUCCUGGAGCCCCGUGAGGCCCCGCCCGCGCUGCUCGAGGAGCGGAGAGAUUUCUGCAUCAAGGUCGCACGUGCCGAAGACACCCCUGCCACCCUUGGCACUGACUUGGCCCACUUCUCAGAGAGCCCGGUGCUCUACUUGCUCCUGCCUCUUAUCUUCGUCAACAAGUGUUCGUUCGGGUGCAAAGUGGAGCUCGAGGUUCUGAAGGGGCUCCUGCAGAGCCCCCAGCCCAUGCUGCUGGGCCUCCUGGGCCAGUUUCUGGUUAUGCCCUUCUGUGCUUUUCUGAUGGCUAAGGUCUUCAUGCUGCCCAAGGCCCUGGCUCUGGGCCUCAUCAUCACUUGCUCGUCGCCCGGCGGCGGGGGGAGCUACCUCUUCAGCCUCCUCCUUGGGGGGGAUGUCACCCUGGCCAUCUCCAUGACUUUCAUCUCAACAGUGGCUGCCACCGGUUUCCUGCCGCUGUCCUCGGCCAUCUACAGCCGCCUGCUCAGCAUCCACGAAACACUCCACGUGCCCAUUUCCAAGGUCCUGGGGACCCUGCUCUUCAUCGCCAUCCCCAUAGCGGCAGGCGUGGUGAUCAAGUCCAAGCUCCCCAAGUUCUCGCAGCUGCUGCUGCAGGUCAUCAAGCCCUUCAGCUUCGUGCUGCUCCUGGGUGGCCUCUUCCUGGCCUACCACAUGGGGGUCUUCAUCCUGGCGGGCGUCAGGCUGCCCAUCGUGCUGGUGGGCCUCACAGUGCCCCCGGUUGGCCUCCUGGUGGGUUACUGCCUGGCCACGUGCCUGAAGCUGCCGGUGGCCCAGCGUCGGACUGUCAGCAUCGAGGUCGGGGUGCAGAACAGCCUGCUGGCCUUGGCCGUGCUGCAGCUGUCCCUCCGCCGCCUUCAGGCCGACUACGCCUCCCAGGCCCCCUUCCUUGUGGCACUGAGUGGCACCUCAGAGAUGCUGGCCCUAGUUACUGGCCACUUCAUCUAUAGCAGUGUGUGUGCAGUUCCCUGAGGCCCCGCGGGUCAAGCUUUCGCCACCCCUCGCCCCCAGCCUCCACCCACGGUCCCCACAGUUCUUGUGUACCAAAGGCCUUUAGUUCUCAUGCACUAUGCACUCAGAAAAAUCCAGGCUUAUUUUUUGUACUCGUUUUUUAUUCUCCAGCUUUCAGUGCCAAAGAGGCCACGCUGAGUUCAGUAGGUGGGCACUGCCUAGAAAAUAUAUUUCAAUAAAAGAGAGAAGCAAG